AUGUCAAAAUGGAUUGUUAAUGACUCAUUAGAUGAAACUGCUGACAUCGAGAAAUAUGUUUGGAGUGAUCAUCCUGAAAGUCAUGAAACACAACACGUUAUUUUGUUUGAGAAUACAGCUGAAAUUUUUCCCCAAACUGGAAUUCGAAGUGUAAUUGAAUUGGUAAGGGUAUAUUUAUAUUGA